AUGCAUGGAAGAGAAGCAAUCUUUCCAAUAGAGUUACAAAUUCCUAAAUAUCCAAUGGAGAGAAUUCGUACAUUAUUUUAUUCAUCAAUCAUUUAUCAAGAUAUCGAAUUUUUCGAUGAUACAUCAACUGAUGAUAUAACUACACGUGUUUCAGAUGAUAUUAGUAUAUUACAAGAAGGCAUGUCUGAAAAAAUAGGAUUCAUAAUUCAACAAUUCACUUGCUCUUAUAAAAUGUUGUGCAGCUAUAGCAGCAAUUCACCACCAUGUACAUUUAUCAAAGAUCUUGAAAAUGUGGAUACUAUUAAUAUCGAAGAAAAUUGUGGUUACACUUUUAAAAAUAAGAUUCUAAUUUCUGGAACAUCCAACUUAUUCAAAUCUUUAACUUUGCACCAUCAACAUCAACGUCUUAAAUUUUUACGAUAUUAA